AUGGGCGACGAGGGCGUGCGGCCCGAGGCGGCCGGCUGGGUCCCGAGGCUGGGCGGCGGGCACCAGGAGGUGGAUCGGAUCCUGGACGAGCUCGAGCAGAUCUACGCGUCGCAGCCAAACGAGUGGCUGGUCGCCGACCCGAUCGCGUCGAUGGUGAUGCGUGAGGAGGGCUACGAGGACGAGGACGAGCUCGAGGACGCGCUCGGCGGCUCGUGGGAGGCGUUCCUCGGCGGGAUGCCCCACAUCGAGGUGCGGCGGAACGCGCGCGACGACCUCGAGUUUAAGGUGCUCAAGCCGGACCCGGACGCCCCGCCGCGGCGGCUCACCCUGCGGGUGGACUCGCGGGACGACCUGUGGCGGGUGCUGUUCAAGGCGCCCGAGGCGACCAUCCUCAUCCCGCACCUCGAGUUUGAGAUCGGCGCCGACCACAAGCGGCGCGUCGACACGCUGUACAACUACAUCGCGGCGGCCGAGUGGAACCUGUCGUCGCACAUCCGAGGCCGGAAGGACCUCGCCGCCGAGUACGUCGUCGCCAUCAGCGAGACCGUCGAGCAGCUGCUCGGCCUGCUCGACGUGGAGCAGCCCUUCGACUUGGUGCUCAACGACCCCGCGGGCGCGUCCAUCUUCAAGCCCGACCACGGCGAGGAGGAGGCGGAGGCGCUCGCGGCUGAGCUGGCCGCCCUCACGGCAGAGGAGGGCGGGUCAUGA